GCUCUUCGAGGAACCCAAGAACCCAGAACUGGGUUCUUCACGAAACCUAGAUCUAGGUUCCUCACGAAACCCAGGAACCCAGAACUAAGUUCCUCAAGGAACUGGGUUCCUCAAGAAAACUAGCACCGUCUGGGUUCCGCGAAGAACAAAGAUGAACAGGCGAAGAUCAGAUCUGGGCGACGGCCGCCAGAUCUGGGAAUUCCAGCGUGCAGCUCGGCACCCGAAGGGCUUAGUCGUCGAGAGACCUCAUGGGGUCAUCGGAGCAGGGAACAGGCCGGCUCCAUCGGGCUUGAGCAGCUGGAGAACCCAGCGGCUCAAGCAGCAAAACUCGGAAGCCCAAGGCUUCCGAGCACAAAAACAACGGGAUGCCGGAGAAGAUGAUCAGAAGCCGGAGAACCCAGAUCUGGAGAGGAAGAAGAAGAGGGGAAGAGAGGAGAAAGAGAAAGAAUAAGAAAAGUUAAAAAAAGUCAUGUGGACCCCAUUAAAAGGGAAAGUUUAAA